CAUGCACUCGGCAUCACUAGUAGAUUGGACAAUAGACCCAGCGUCCUCAAUUGAAACGGCUUGGAAUGCAUUCCGAAAUCUAUAUUUAAAAGUUACCGCACCCCACAUUCCUUGGACUAGACCAAGGGGGCCGAGAAACUCCCCACCAUGGUUCAAUAAGGAGGUCCGCAUCCUUCUCCGUAAGAGAAGAAAUAUGUGGGAUAGAUUUAGGUUACUGGGGUCUGAUGAGACAAAAUCUCAGUACCGAAAAGCUAGGAAUACCUGUGCCUCGACCCUCCGUAAGUCUAGAAAACUGUACGAAGAAAAAAUUGUUAAGGAAUCCAUAGAAUGUCCUAAACGCCUGUAUUCCUAUAUAAACCAAAGGACAAAAAGAAGAGGAAUUAUCCCUGCACUAUGGGGAGACAGUACUGCCGCAUCAUUAGUGGAAGAUGACUUUGGUAAGGCUCAAGUGUUCUCAAACUACUUUAGCAAUGUAUAUACCAUAGAAGCACCCUUCCCGUCAGCGCAUACAAACCCCCCUACACAUACACUGGAUAGCGUGACCAUUAAUGAACUCGAUGUCUUUGAUCUGCUAAAUAAGCUUGACAUAGGUAAAUCCGUGGGGCCCGAUGAAUUGCAUCCUAGGCUACUAAAGGAGUUAUCUAGCUUCGUUGCGAACCCUUUAAGUAUAUGCUUUAAGCUAUCCGUCACGCAGGGUCGUUUACCAAAAGACUGGAAGAACGCCAUAGUAAGUCCUGUCUUCAAAACAGGUACGAAACAUAAACCUGAGAAUUACCGACCCGUUAGCCUAACUAGUGUGGUUGUAAAAAUCUUAGAAAAGAUUAUUCGGAAAGAGCUGUUUCAGUACCUCGAUGUAAACCGAAUCCUCUCGGAGAAACAGCACGGUUUCAGAAUAGGUUAUUCUUGUCUCACUAACUUAUUAGUCACUCGAGAAAGCUGGUGCGCUUCUAAGGACCAAAAGUUACCUGUAGACGUGGCUUACAUUGAUUUCAGCAAAGCUUUUGACAAAGUUCCGCACAACCGGCUGUUAUAUAAGCUAAAAAAUGUCGGAAUUGGAGGCAAUCUAUUGACGUGGAUAGAAGACUUCCUUGUUGGGCGCCAACAAAGAGUACGGGUAAACUCAAAAUUAUCUAGCUGGGAAACUGUGCUUAGUGGAGUGCCCCAGGGUACAGUUUUGGGGCCAGUGCUAUUCCUCUUGUAUGUAAAUGACCUUCCUCGCUUACUAUCAUCAUCGGUCUUACUAUAUGCUGACGAUGUCAAGAUAUGGAGGACGAUACGAUGUAAUGGUGAUAGCUUAGAACUCCAAAAUGACCUGAAGAAAUUAUCCGAAUGGUCUGAUACAUGGCAGCUGCCGAUAAAUACUUCCAAGUGUGUUGUGAUGCAUAUCGGUCAUCAAGGUUCAGUAACAUACACGAUGAAUAACACUGAGCUACCUGCUGUCCAGACACAUAAUGACUUAGGAGUCAUCGUUAGCCAAGAUCUGAAGACUACUGCACACUGCCGUGCAACAGCCGCCAAAGCUUUUAGAACUUUAUGGUCAAUACGUAGGGCUUUUACUCAUGUCGACGCUAAAAUAUUUUUGACUUUGUAUACAGUGUUCGUGCGUCCCAAACUUGAGUACUGCAUACAAGCGGCUAGCCCCUGCUUUAAAAAAGACAGUGAGUUUUUAGAAAAGGUCCAGAGAACAGCAACUAAGCUGAUUCCCGUAAUAGCGAAGCUUCCGUAUGAUGCUCGACUGGCCAAGCUAAACCUAUUCCCUUUGUCAUAUCGUAGAACUAGAGGCGACUUGAUUACAGUUUUCAAAUUGCUUAGUAAUAAAUUUGCACCUGAUAUGCCCUCAUUUUUCUUGUCUUCCAAAACAGAGAAUUUACGAGGACACUCCAAAAAAGUUCACAAGCCCAGAACGAAUUACUUGUCAGCUGAUUAUCGACUUUCCCACCGAAUCAUCAACGAGUGGAAUUCAUUACCUCAGCACGUGGUUGAAGCUCCAUCUGUAGAUUCUUUCAAAAGAAAGUUGGAUCAACUGAGAGAACACAAUUGCCAGGACUAACACAGGCCAUCAAGCCUCCUGUCCUUACCAAACUGAAACUGAAACUGAAACU